AUGGAAUCCAAUCCUUCACGCUCCAAUCUGAAACGCCCUUUCUUUGAAGACGACGGCUCCGACAAACCCCCAGCGCAAAAAAGGGUUAGGUUCCCCAAGGGGAAGAAGGCGAGGCCUGGAGAUGAAGCCGUAAACAGAGGCAGACCUGAGGAGGCGGUUGGGGUUGGGAUUGGCCCGACUCCAUUGACGGACCCUCGUUCUGCCGCCAAAGAACGGGCCAAGCGCCGAAGUCAAAUCACAACUGAGCUCUUCAGUGAAGAGACUGCGGGCAUUCUCAACGAUGUCUCUGCUGCUGAAGUUACUUACAAGGAUUACGAGGACUUUGUCGAGGAUGGGAUUCAAAUAGAACCUUUCAACUUGAACAAGGAGAGGGAAGAAGGUUAUUUUGAUGCAGAUGGAAAUUUUGUUGAAUAUGCCAAUAAAAAUGAAGUCGAGGAUGCAUGGCUUGAUAGUGUUGAAGUUGAUACAAAAUAUGCUGGAAAAGGGUUUGCAGUAACAAAAGAUGAUGAUGAUGUCCAAGAUUUGUCUUCUGAUGAUGUUGGGAAGAUUAAAAGACGUAUUGCUGAUGUGCUUGAGCCAGGGGAAACGGUUUUACAAGCUUUGAGGAGAUUGAAGGGAACUUCAAAUAACAAGAAGGAGAAGAUGUCGGCUGAAACAAAGCGUGUAUUUGACCAAUUAACUGAAGAUGCCACGAACCUGAUGGAUAAUGGUGAAUCCAAUGUCUAUCAUGAAAAGAAAGAAAUGUUUGAGCGUGAGGCAGAAGGAUAUGAGAGCUUAGCUCGGGCAAGAAGGGAAGGCACAUCCACUGGUGCAUACCAGGGGAAAUCUGUUCUCAGUAUGGAGUGGGGCACUUCCUCUGAUGUAACCGGUCCUGGAGUACCCUCUUCAAUACUGCCUGAAACUGCUGUUGGUACUUCCAAUUCUAAUGCACCCGCUGCAGAAACCACAAUUAAUGGUGCUGAUGCGUUUGAUAUAUUUGCGGAAGAUGAUGAACAUGUAAUUGCUAAACCAUCUUCUGAAGGAAGUGAUGUGAUCUGCGGCCCUAAUUCUGAUGGAGUCAGCUCACUGCCUUCAAACAACGUAAACGCUUAUUCUGAGAAUGGAGUUUUGCAAAAUGAUUAUGUGUUUGAUGAGUCUUCUGGGUACUAUUAUAGCAGCAGUUUGGGAUAUUAUUAUGAUCCAUCUACCGGAUUCUACUGCUCUGCUGCGUCGGGGCUGUGGUACUCGUUCAAUGAGGAGACGGGCGCAUAUGAUGAAAUUCACCAGGCUGCAGAAGAAAUUCACCAGGCUGCAACCAGUGUGAAUUGA